CGCCCGCCCGCCUGCCCGCCCGGGCCUCGCCUCCGGCUGCUCCCUCCGCCUCUUCCCCGCCCCGAGCCCCCAUCAGCCAGUCCUUCCUUCCCCUCCCGUGCAUGAUGGAAACACCAUGGCUGCGGCGGCCCAGCUCUCUCUGACACAGUUAUCAAGUGGGAAUCCUCUAUAUGAAAAAUACUAUAGACAGGUUGAUACAGGCAAUACUGGAAGGGUAUUGGCUUCUGAUGCUGCUGUAUUCCUGAAAAAAUCAGGACUUCCAGACCUGAUACUUGGAAAGAUCUGGGAUUUAGCUGACACAGAUGGCAAAGGUAUCCUGAACAAACAAGAAUUCUUUGUUGCUUUGCGUCUUGUGGCAUGUGCCCAGAAUGGAUUGGAGGUUUCACUGAGUAGUUUGAACCUGGCUGUUCCUCCACCAAGAUUUCAUGAUACCAGUAGUCCUUUGCUAAUCAGCAGAACUUCUGCAGCUGAGCUCCCAUGGGCUGUAAAAUCUGAAGAUAAGGCCAAAUAUGAUGCAAUUUUUGAUAGUUUAAGCCCAGUGAACGGAUUUCUGUCUGGUGAUAAAGUGAAACCAGUGUUGCUCAACUCUAAGUUACCUGUGGAUAUUCUUGGAAGAGUUUGGGAGUUGAGUGAUAUUGACCAUGAUGGAAUGCUUGACAGAGAUGAGUUUGCAGUUGCCAUGUUUUUGGUAUACUGCGCAUUGGAGAAAGAACCUGUGCCAGUGUCCUUGCCUCCAGCCUUGGUGCCACCUUCUAAGAGGAAAACGGUCAGUAUAUCAGGCUCUGUGCGGUUGAUCCCCUCUUCAACAUCAGCCAAGGAACCUUAUCACUCCUUACCACCUGUAGGCAUUUUACCUACCAAAGCACCGUUAAGACAGUGGGUUGUAUCCCCUGCAGAAAAAGCUAAAUAUGAUGAAAUCUUCUUGAAAACUGAUAAAGAUAUGGAUGGAUUUGUGUCUGGAUUGGAAGUCCGUGAAAUCUUCCUGAAGACAGGUUUACCUUCUGCCUUACUAGCCCAUAUUUGGGCAUUAUGUGACACAAAGGACUGUGGGAAGCUUUCAAAAGAUCAGUUUGCCUUGGCUUUUCACUUAAUCAAUCAAAAGUUAAUAAAGGGCAUCGAUCCUCCUCACAUUCUUACUCCUGAGAUGAUUCCACCAUCAGAUAGGGCCACUUUACAAAAGAACAUCAUAGGAUCAAGUCCUGUCGCAGAUUUCUCUGCUAUUAAGGAGCUAGAUACCCUUAACAAUGAAAUAGUUGACCUACAGAGGGAAAAGAAUAAUGUGGAACAGGACCUGAAGGAGAAAGAAGAUACUAUUAAACAGAGAACAAGUGAAGUUCAGGAUCUUCAAGAUGAAGUUCAAAGGGAGAAUACUAAUCUGCAAAAACUGCAGGCCCAGAAACAGCAAGUACAGGAACUCCUUGAUGGGCUGGAUGAGCAGAAAGCUCAGCUGGAGGAGCAACUGCAGGAAGUCAGGAAGAAGUGUGCUGAGGAGGCCCAGCUGAUCUCAUCCCUGAAAGCUGAAUUAACUAGUCAAGAAUCACAGAUCUCCACUUACGAAGAAGAGCUGGCCAAAGCUAGGGAAGAGCUGAGUCGCCUACAGCAAGAAACAGCAGAGUUGGAGGAGAGUGUGGAGUCAGGGAAGGCCCAGCUGGGCCCUCUUCAGCAGCACCUGCAAGAUUCACAGCAGGAAAUAAGUUCAAUGCAAAUGAAACUGAUGGAAAUGAAAGAGCUGGAAAACCAUAAUAAUCAAUUAAAUUGGUGCAGUAGUCCACACAGCAUUCUUGUGAAUGGCGCUACAGAUUAUUGCAGUCUCAGCACCAGCAGCAGUGAAACAGCCAAUCUUAAUGAGCACACUGAAGGCCAGAGCAACCUAGAGUCUGAGUCCAUACACCAGGAGUCUCCAGCAAGAAGUAGUCCUGAAAUACCGCCUUCUGGUGUGACUGAUGAAAAUGAAGUGGUGACUACAGUUGUUAAGGAAAAAGUUUGUCCUGAAUUUAAUAGUGACAGACAUUCAAAAGAGGAAGAUCCAUUUAAUGUAGAAUCAAGUUCACUGACAAAUCCAGUUGCAGAUUCAAACUUGGAUUUUUUCCAGUCUGAUCCUUUUGUUGGCAAUGAUCCUUUCAAGGAUGAUCCUUUUGGGAAAAUGGAUCCAUUUGGAGGUGAUCCUUUCAAAGGUUCAGAUCCAUUUGCAUCUGACUGUUUCUUCAAGCAAUCUUCUACUGAUCCUUUUGCCACUUCAAGUACUGACCCUUUCAGUGCAGCCAGCAAUAGCAGUAAUACGUUGGUGGAAACAUUAGAGCACAAUGAUCCUUUUGCUCCUGGUGGGACGGCUGUGGUUGCAGCCAGCGAUUUGGGCCCUGGCAACCACCAUUUGCUUACUGUGUUUAUGAAUUUGACUACUCUAGGUACCUCACCCACAGACCCCUUUGCUUCUGUUUUUGGAAAUGAAUCAUUUGAAGAUGGAUUUGCUGACUUCAGCACAUUGUCAAAGGUCAACAAUGAAGAUCCUUUUAGUUCAUCCACAUCAAGCUCCAUCAGCAGUAUGGUCAUUACAAAAAAUAUGCUUGAGGAAACAUCCAUCAAAACUGAAGAUGUACCCCCAGCACUGCCACCAAAGAUUGGAACUCCAACAAGACCCUGCCCACCACCACCUGGGAAAAGACCCAUCAACAAAUUGGAUUCUUCUGAUCCCUUUAAACUGAAUGAUCCAUUUCAGCCUUUCCCAGGCAAUGAUAGCCCCAAAGAAAAAGAUCCUGAUAUGUUUUGUGAUCCAUUCACUUCUUCUUCUUCUACUACUACCACUACCAGUAAAGAGGCUGACCCAAGCAAUUUUGCUAACUUCAGUGCUUAUCCCUCUGAAGAAGAUAUGAUUGAGUGGGCCAAGAGGGAAAGUGAGAAAGAGGAAGAGCAGAGGCUUGCCCGACUGAAUCAGCAAGAGCAAGAAGACUUAGAACUGGCUAUUGCACUCAGCAAAUCUGAAAUAUCAGAAGCAUGAAGAAUUUUCCUGUUCUUUGUCAAUCACACAAUACUCUUCUUCCUGAAUACUGAAGCUAUUUACAGUGUGUAUCAAAACUACCUAUGAGCAUGGGAAUACAAAAGGUUUGAGAUUCCUGUAAAUGUGACAAAAGUUUUUGUUUUUUUUAAACUCCAUUUCAGAUUUGUCCUUUUUUUCCCCCUGUAAAAGCGGUAACCCAGAUAACUUCACCUAGGCCCCCGUUCUGGUGUGCAUUUAGUGUGAGCUUUUGCCUGCCUGUGCUACUUUUACUUGGAAAGCUAGAGCACCCAAGCUUCUGCCUUCUGGAAUAUAGAGAAAUAGUUUCAUCCCUUUGCUACCCUUGUUCUGUAGUUACUCUGAUGAUAGCCAGUGGGGUUCUUAAAGUUGGCAGUAUUCUCCCCUAAUUUAAAUGGUUGAAAGAGGGGAAGGGAAAGAACAUCCUAUUUCUUUUAUGACAGAGCAAGUUGGCUAGUUUAAAGUACAUGUUUGUAUUUCCUUAUAAUCAAAAUACUGUUCAAUUUGUUUUUUAUAGACAAGAAAAAAUAUUUUGCAUAAAUUGACUCCACUAUCGAAAAAGGGAUGCUUUAGAUUGAACCAUUAUAGCUUCAGACUCAAUCUUUUCCUAAAUAAAAACUUUAAAGCCUCAUGUGUGAAAUAUAUUUAAAAUUUUCUUCUCUGGACUUAGGGAAUUUUAGAUAAACACAUACCUCUCCAUAAUUUUAAGCACUAGAGGGUGGAGAAAAAUUACCACUUAAAAUAUACCCAUCAAUAUAAGGUAAGCAAAAAUUUUAACCUGGCAGCCAUUCUGCCACUGCCAUGGCACUGUCCUCUUUAGUUCAUGGUAGGUUUAUUUUUCUACUUUUGCAGAAGAAACUUUAGCAGGCUAGAACUGGAAGGUACUUUAACUUUUUGUAUACAUAUAUAUAUUUUUUUUCUUUAAUGAAGGUUCAGUUACUUGAAAUGUAAAAACAUUCACUGAAUACAACUGAAAAAAGUGACAUGUAUUAAAUCAUAUUAUUCCUUUUUGUCCAUUUUUGUGGAUUAAAAUAGUUUAUUCUCUUUGUGUUUUUCACCUACAAAAUUGGCAGGCUAGCAAAAAAAUUUUGUGUUUUUUAAUUGGGAGAGAAGAGACCUGCCAAAUUAUCGAAGCUCUUUAUGUGUUAAAAGCCUAUCUCCUGUAAAAUUGACCUAGCAGACAAGCUGAAUUUAAAAUGGACUGUGAAGUAGGCUGUAAAUUGUAAUCUUAUUUUUUUUAACAUGAGUCAGUGAUUUAGAUAAUGUAUUGAAAACCAAGAUAAAGGAAAAUGCACCUAAAAACUAAUUAAAUAUCUCUGUGGUUACCAAGUCAAGGUGGUAUUGAUCUGUGUUAAUCAGAGUAACUUGUUGCCUAGCCUAUGAAUAAAUUCCAAAAUAUCCAGUUUAUUUCAUCUUGAAAUGGUGCUUUUUUUCUCUCCACACACAAUUGAAUUGCUGCAGUUUAAAACAAAUUUGAACCACUUUCUUGCACUGUUAGCUUUUUUCUACUUUUAUAGAUUAAAACAUUUCAGCAUAAAAGUCAUACAUAUGAAGCAAGGGCUGAAUCAUAAUCACAAGGGUUUAAUUUUGAUAAACUAAUCCAGUUAUAAGGAUAUACUGCAAAAGUUGAUUGAGAAAGUAAUAUUGGGAGUUGUGAAUGGUAGUGAGUUUUGGGUUUUUUUCUUCCCCUUAACACUUUAGGAAAAAGGUAAGUAGACUUGAACAACCUUCUUUUGCACUGGGAAAAUGAACAGAUGUUUGAAAUGGUUUUAAAAUAUUUUUUUUAAUUAAAAGAACACUCUGGAAAGUGCUAAAUAUCUGUAACUUAUAAACACCAACUUUCGAUGUAAUAAGUAUACCUUAAUCUUAUGUGUGUUUAACUGGAUUACAUAGAUUCUUUUAUUAAAAUAUGUAUACUCAGUGGACCAAUAUAAUAUAUUAAAGUAUGUAUUUUAUAUAUAUAUAUAUAUAUAUAUAUAUAUAAAUCUCCAUGCUCACUUGUGUAGGAUGAAUGUCUUAGAGUCAUUUAUGAUUAUAUUUUAUGUUGUUGACUCUGGCUCCAGAGCCUGUGCUUGAAAGGACAGAUAAGUAUUCCUGAGAGCUAAGUGGCACUACUUAUGAAGUUUUAACCAUCUUCUGCCUACUUGUUCAGGUUUAUUUGAGUUCUCUUUAUAGAAUUUUCUCUUAUGUUUCAAACUUCUAAACUGUAGCCUGUAAUUAUGAGAACAAUAAACUUUAAAUUAUAAUAAACCAUACUAUCCAUACAUCCUAUCUGAAA